UCGUCAUAUCUGCGCGACAUUUAUUCCAACCCACCAAAACAGUGGUGCUGUCGUGUUAGCGGGUUAAGUUAUUUACUUCUGCAGUUUCAGGAAGAAAAAGACUGAGAUGUUAGAAUGUACUGAACUUCAUAUUCACGUGUACUUGCAGUAUCUGCUGGUUUUAGUCCUCAGUCCUCGGUCGGUUGAGAGUGCUGGCCGGCGGACUGAGAGGCUGAGCGGAGCUGAGCGGAGCUGAGCUGCUCACUCACGGUGAUAGUAUAAACAUGGACAAACGCUGCUCCGCCUCUCCUUCUGCUUUAGAGGAAGCAGCGUGUCGUCAGCCUCGACAUGACGCUUCCGGAGUAGAUCAGUAGCCGCAGAGAUAGUGACAAAGUUUUCAUUGCAGGUUUUCUUCGGAGUCUGGGCUGUUUUAGGAGAGCAGAGAUGCUGAACGUCCCGCCCCAGUCAUUUCCCUCGGUGAGCUCUCAGCAGCGCGUCGCUCCGUCAGGACAGCCGAGAAACAAGGUGGCACUGAAGCCAGGCCAUAGUCUUAUGGACUGGAUACGUCUUACAAAAAGUGGGCGUGAUCUGACUGGACUGAAAGGGCGACUGAUUGAUGUCACAGAGGAGGAACUUAAGAAACACAACACAAGAAAUGACUGCUGGACAUGCAUCAGAGGUAUGGUGUAUAAUGUGAGUGCCUAUAUGGAUUUCCACCCUGGUGGAGAGGAGGAACUGAUGAGGGCAGCUGGGAUGGAUGGUACUGACCUGUUUGACCAGGUCCACCGGUGGGUGAACUAUGAGUCCAUGUUGAAAGAGUGCCUUGUGGGUAAAAUGGUGGUGAAGGCCAGCACGGUCCUUAAAGCUCAGCCAACAAAAAAGGAGAAUACUCAUGUAAAUGGUCUCACCCCUCCUCCUCCUGUGUUGCCAGAGCCAGCAGCAGUUCCGCUUCCAGCUAAAGACCAUCGCCCUCGAUAUGACUGGUUCCAAACAGAUGAAACCGUUACUAUUGUUGUUUAUACCAAGCGGAAGGUAUGGUGUUUUUACAGUGUGCUUCAUGUCGAUCCACUCUCAUGUUUUAACCCUUACUCUGUGUCUUUCUCUUUGUUUCUUUGUGUCUCUUCUUUCUGUCCUUGUCAGAUCCCGAACUCUGGCUGUUCAAUGGUGGACCUUCAAGGCAACAUUCUACGAAUAGAGAUACUGUUGGGAAGUUGGUCAUAUUUGCUUCACUGGAGCCUUUCUCAUGGAGUAGAAGAAAUUGUUGCCACUAAGACAGUCAGUUCAGUUGGAAAGAUUCAAGUGUGCCUGCGCAAAGUGGUUAAUGCCAAGUGGGCACAGGUGGGCCAACCCCUGGAGUCCCAUGACUCGUUUAUUCGGAGUAAAGAUCGUGGGCUGUUCUACAGAGACUGUGUGUUGGUUUCAAAAAAAGAAGUUACACAUGAUACUCAACUCUUCUGUUUCCGACUACCUCCUGGAACACACAUGCACGUCCCCGUUGGGAGACAUGUCUACCUCAAAGCAUCAAUUCAGGGUAGCGAUGUUGUAAAACCCUACACACCAGUAGACGAGGUGCUUAUGCCACAGAAGAACACAGUUAGCUCUGAUAUUUAUCUCAUGGUUAAGGUCUAUCCUGAUGGAUUGUUCACCCCACAUCUAGACAGCCUUGAUAUUGGAGCCUCUCUGUCCAUCAGCAGUCCAGAUGGUCCCUUUACGCUACGUAGCCUGCGUGAUGUCACUCAUUUGUACCUCUUAGCUGCUGGCACUGGUUUCACACCUAUGGCUCGCCUUCUUCGCCUGGCUCUACAGGACCUGUCCUCUGUCAGAAAAACCAAGCUCAUGUUCUUCAACCGUCAGGAGAGGGACAUACUAUGGCACUCUGAGUUGGAGCAGCUGUGUACAGAGGAGGAGAGGUUUCAGGUUGAAUAUGUCCUCUCGGAGCCUCCAGGCUCGUGGAUGGGCAGAAGAGGACAGGUAGAGGCCACCAUGCUACAGGGUUUCCUGGAAAGACCAGAAGACUCAAAGUGCUUAGUAUGUGUGUGUGGGCCCAGUGGUUUCACUGAGUUAGCAGUACAGCUGGUCAGGCAGCAGGGAUUCAGCGAAGAGGAGAUUCAUGCUUUCCAGGGAUGAUUCCUGUGUUCAAGUGUACAAUGGCUUUGUUGUAGUGCCGACCAUUUCUAUGCAUAUCAGACUAAAAAAAGCACUUCAUUUCUCACAAUGACUGAUGUGAGGUUUCCACUGAAUAGCAGCAUACACUCUCUUACACGAUGCAUGAUUCUCUUGAACGUCUGUGCGCCUAGCGAUGGAAAAAAUGUGAGAGGGCAUUUCAGGGUGCUGUUGUCCAUUCUUCCAUCCCAUGUUUAUUUCAUACUUUUUAAUUUGAAGAAAUUUACUUUCAGAAAUUGUAUAGCACUGGUUCAAAAUGUAUUUUUUAUCUGUUAUGUGCAUUUUUGUAAGAUUGAGAUGAAAUGGCCCUUUCUCUCUGUCAAACAAUCUUUGACGAAAGUACUCAACACAUGUAAGCUAUAAAUGCUCACUGAAAGUGGAAGUGUGAAUGAUUGCAUUUAGAAUGUGAAUAAGCGUCCUAAAGCAUAAUUUAUCCAGUCAUUACUUUGCUCCUGGCCUGGUCAAAAAGUAUGGCUUGCAGUUUUACUCCACAUACUCACAGAUGUAAUUGUAGUACCUGUAGGCCAUGUUCUAAAAUGAAACUGAUGAGCUUACUGAGAAGAGCAUGAUCUUGCACAGUAAAACCUGGAGCUAAAAUAGAUGUGUUGACCUGGAGUAAACAACUUCCAUUAGUUUGUUAUUUUUUAUUUAUAAACCUUUUUGGCUUUUUUCUUCAAACUUGUGCAGGCUGUAUUCAGCAGUGCAUGAGUAAUGGUGCAAUGUGAGCCCUUCAUUAUUUUAUUUAUGAUGCAUCAAAGAUUGAAAACUGCCAACAUUUAACAGCUUGCUCUUUUUUUUUUAGAUCUGAGACUUGACUGCUUAAACAUAGUGAUGUUCCUUGGGUUUCCUGCUGUACAGUUUAGGGUUAAUCAGUAAUUCUGAAUGCAUCCAGUUUUGUUUAACUCACAAAUACUGUGACAGCCUGCAAACAUCUAGCAGCUGAUCCAGGUGAAGGAAGUGAAACUUGUCACAGAGACACCAGAGGCAAUACAUUAAACAGUAUUUAGAAUGCAAUUCGUAUGUGCCCAUAUCCAAAGGCAAGGAUAAUAUAAAUACCAAUAUUGCCCGUAUUAGCUUCCACUAUUUUUCACUGAAGACUGUUUCAGACAGAUUUCACUGCCAGUGAAACCCAGUGUGCUUGGUUCCACCAUAUUAGAAGUGCUCGGGUAACGUUUGCCACCAACAGAAAAUGGUGGCUCACAUCUGUGGUACAAUAAACAUGCAGUACUGUACUGUGUAUUUUGGCUGGCCUAUUUGUAUGCUUUAUAUGAGCAUAGGUGGGCAUCAGCCAACACUGUAAAUUUGCUUUUUCUUUUGUACUUUUAAGCAUUUCCUAUGCUGUGCAGUAACUGAAUGCUGCAAUUCUUCCCUUGUAUGUGAAUCUUCUGUUAUCCACUAAAUUAUUUUCCUGUGUAGUUACCUAGAGUUUGGGCAAAUAAAAGUCAUAAAUAAGGUGGAUUUUUUGACUUGAAAAAAAAAAUUGUCAUGUUUUGACAUGUUUGUGUUGUAUGAGAAAAAUGUAGGGUGGUGGUGAUUUUAAGUCUAUUAAUUGAAACUCAUCAAUAUUAGGAGGUUAAUUAAAAAAUAAAUUUAAACAUGACAAGGAAGCUUCAAUAUGGAAAUAUGUGAAUGCUGUGAAAUUAUCCUAUGAUUAGAAACAUAAUUAGAGCUUUCAGUUCAAGAUCAGAUGUUAAAAAUAGAUUUUGAAGUUCAUCCUGGCUCAUUUUGCUGAUGAGAUAUGAUGAGGGUUACUAUAUUUUUUUGUGAACAAGGGUCUCUCUGACUUUAAAAGGAAAUUCUACCUGGUUUUGUUUUUACAUUUGUACAUAAUUAAAAAUGUAAAGAGAGCAAUUUGAUGUGAAAUUCUAGAGAAAUGUAUUGUGUCAGAAUUGUUUGCAGUGGUGUUGGUAGGAACCAGACAUCUGAGUUUAAUGCUUCAGAAAGCUCUCUCACAGAAAGCUGUUGUAUGAAGUGGUUAUAAAUUAGCUGCCUGAUGUCAGAGACAUUGUAUUAUGUUAGUUUUGAAAUAAGUCCAAA